AUGCCGGAGAAAUCCCGGAGAAAUGCCGGAGAAAUCCUGGAGAAAUCGUGGAGAAAUCCCGGAGAAAUCGUGGAGGAAUGCUGGAGAAUCCUGGAGAAAUCCCAGAGAAAUCCCGGAGAAAUCCCGGGGAAAUCCCAGAGAAAUCCCAGAGGAAUCCCAUCCGUAUGGACGAGGGGGAACGGCAGCGAAGUCGCUGCCCUGCUCGUGCGAGCCAUCGCCACCUCGCUGUUGACGGAAAGUGACGUCAGCCCCGCGGCGCGGGUUCCCCGAAACGGAGCGCGCGGGUCAGCGUCUGGGAGUGACAGAGACUCACAAAGACACACACAGAGACACACACAGAGAUACUCACACAGACACACACAGAGACUCACACAGAGACAGACACAGAGAGACUCGGAGACACAGAGACUCACAGAGACACACACAGAGAGACUCACAGAGACUCACACAGAGAGACUCGGAGACACAGACACAGACUCUCCUAGAGAGACACACACACAGAGACACACACAGAGACUUACACAGAGACUCAGAGACACACACAGAGACUCACACAGAGACACACACAGAGACUCACACAGAGACACUCACACAGACACACACAUAGACUCACACAGAGACACUCACACAGACACACACAGACACUCACACAGACACACACAGAGACACACACAGAGACAGACACAGAGACUCACACAGAGACACACACAGAGACAGACACAGAGAGACUCGGAGACACAGAGACUCACAGAGACACACACAGAGAGACUCGGAGACACACAGAGACUCACACAGAGAGACUCGGAGACACAGACACACACAGAGACUCUCCUAGAGAGACACACACACAGAGACACACACAGAGACUCUCCUAGAGAGACACACACACAGAGACACACACAGAGACUCACACAGAGACUCAGAGACACACACAGAGACUCACACAGAGACUCACACAGAGACACACGGAGACACAGAGACACACACAGAGACUCUCAAAGAGACUCACACAGAGACUCACACAGAGACACACAGAGACUCACACAGAGACACAGACUCACACAGAGACUCACAGAGACUCACACAGAGACACACACAGACACACACAGACUCUCACAGAGACUCACAGAGACACACACAGACACAGAGACACACACAGAGACACACACAGAGACUCUCAAAGAGACUCACACAGAGACUCACACAGAGACACACAGAGACUCACACAGAGACUCACACAGAGACACAGACUCACACAGAGACUCACAGAGACUCACACAGAGACACACACAGACACACACAGACUCUCACAGAGACUCACAGAGACACACACAGACACAGAGACACACACAGAGACACACACAGAGACUCACAGAGAGACUCAGAGACUCACACAGAGACUCAGAGACUCACACAAAGACACACACAGACACACACAGACUCUCACAGAGACUCACAGAGACACACAGAGACACAGAGACACACACAGAGACACACACAGAGACUCACAGAGACUCAGAGACUCGGCAGGACCAGAGCGGGGAAGUAUGGACGCCGCGUGCGAAGGAGAGAGUUGCGGGGAGGAGGAGGGGGUGCUGUUCAGCCGCCCCCAUCCCGGAGGAAUCCUUGAAAGUCCUUCCGGCACGUGAAAAGGCUCCGGCGUUUGUUGCCAGCCGCAUGCUAGUCGCUGCGGGGAUGGUGGGGCUGAAGCGCGGGGGGAUGGCGAUCCCCCCAACCCCCAACGCGACAUCCCUCCCGGCUUCGGGCGAGGGGCCUCCUCGUCUCCCGCACCUCGUCUGCUGGCGGCUGGACGAGGCCUCGGUGGCGCGCGCCACGCCGCUCUUUGGGGUCUCCGCGGGCGGAGGCGGCGUGACGGCGGUGGCGUGCAGCGGCGCCCAGCGCCUGAUCGUCCUGGCGGAGGACGGAACGGCGCUGGAGCGCGGCGCGAGCGGAGACGGCUUUCAAGCUGUGCCCGCGAAGCGGCUGACGCAGGUGAGCUGCGGGGAGCAUCACGCCGUGGCGCUCACUGGCGACGGGCAGCCGCUCAUGUGGGGCGGCAGGGACGCGCCCAGAGCGACCGUGGAUUUGCAACCGGCGCCCAAGCAGCAGAGAAACAGAUCGGGAAAGAAAAACCAAAGGAAGCCGGCGGUGGCGCAGACGACGGCGGCAGGAGACGCCCAGAGCGUCUCCGCUCCCAGGCCGGUCAACAUCAUAGUGGACGCAUUCCGGAGGGUGCCGGUGGUGCAGGUCACGUGCGGAGCCCAUCACACCCUCGCUCUCUCCAGCGCGAGCGUGGUGUUUGCGUGGGGGACGAACGACCGCGGGCAGCUGGGCCUGGGCUCUGCGGUCCCGCGGAGCGACCCGCUGGCCGUGGGGGCCCUGUGCGGGAUGCCCGUGAGGGCCCUGGCGGCCGGCGCCGCGCACAGCCUGGCCGUGACGGUCACCGGCGGCGUCUACGUCUGGGGCGCCAACGAUCACCGCCAGCUGGGCCUCGACCGUCUGCAAGACGCCUACGAGGUCGUGCGAUUGGAGAGCCUGCGGGCCCGGCACGUUGUCCACGCGUCCUGCGGUGACCGGCACACGGCGCUGCUGACCAAGGAGGGGACGGUGCUCAUUCUCGGUGGGGCUGCACCUCCUGCUGCUGCUGCAACUGCAGCUGCUACGACAACAACCGAACAGCUGGCCCACAGCUCUGCGGUGACGGAGUGCAGCAUCAGCGGAAUAUCACAGAUCGCCUGCAGCAGUUUUCACACGGCGGCGCUGAGCGCCGACUCCAAAAGAAUCUACUUGCUGGCGACGCCGCAGGGACCCGGCACGCAGGAGGGCGGCACCACGGAGCUGCAGCUGGACGGGGUCUCACUUGGGGGUCCGGCCGGCCCAGCCGGCGGCAUCGUCGUGAGGGACAUUUUUGCCGGAGGCAGCCGCGUCUACGCCACCUGCUGCGGCGCAGAGGAGUCUCGAGUUGACCCAAAGGGCACGCGCGCUCCUGGGAUCUGCACCGCGACUCCUGAGUUGCGCGAGAAGUUGACGUCCAAGUCAACUCUGCGUCCUGUGUUUGAGCGGCAAAUCGAUGUCAUCUUCUCGUCGGCCGCAUGCCUCAACGGCAGUUUUCUUCUCUCACAGAGGUAAGGGGCAUCACACCUUGCAAUUAUUCAUUUCUCUAACAGGGAGAUGAAUUAAAAUCUAAACUAAACGAUUUAAAUUUGAC